GAAAAAAAGCAUGAAGAAACACAGCACAAAAUGAGUUAUAUAUGGAAAUUGUGGUUCCUACAAUCACACAUCCCUCUCUCAUUUUCUUCCACAUUGCUAAAUCCAGAAAAAGUGCAGAGAAAUGGUUGGAAAUUGUGGUGAUCUAGUGGCAUUUUCUCUUGUCUUCUUGACCGUGGUUUCCGGUGGGUCUGCAUGGGUUGGCGUGAACUGGGGAACCAUGGCAACGCACCAAAUUCCCCCCGAGAAGGUGGUGAAGAUGCUCAAGGAAAAUGGGUUCACCAAAUUGAAGCUCUUUGAUGCGGAUGAACUCAUUAUGGCAGCUCUUAUGGGGACCGAUAUCCAAGUCAUGCUCGCAAUACCCAACAACAUGCUGGAAAAGAUAAGUAACACUCCUAAAGCCGCAGAUCAUUGGGUCUUUGAAAAUGUCACCUCUUACUUCUUCAAUGGUGGCGUCAAAAUCAAGUAUGUUGCUGUGGGUAAUGAGCCUUUCCUUAAAGCAUAUAAUGGUACCUUUGCGAAGAAAACGCUGCCAGCCCUGAAGAAUAUACAGACAUCACUUAAUAAAGCCGGGUUGAGUUCAAAGGUCAAAAUCACUGUUCCAUUCAAUGCUGAUAUUUACUAUUCACCUGAUUCAAAUCCAGUUCCCUCAGCUGGUGACUUCAGGCCUGAAAUGAGAGACCUCACCAUUGAGAUAAUCCAGUUCUUGUAUGCAAACAAUGCACCUUUUACAGUUAAUAUCUACCCUUUCCUUAGUCUUUAUUUCAACGAAAAUUUCCCUUUGGAUUUUGCAUUUUUUGAUGGAAAAAGCAAGCCUCUCAGGGACGGUAAGGCACUUUACACCAAUGUGUUUGAUGCAAAUCUUGAUACUCUUCUGUGGGCUUUAGACAAGGCAGGGUAUCCUGACAUGGAGGUAUUGAUUGGGGAAAUUGGGUGGCCAACAGAUGGUGAUAAGAAUGCUAAUGCCAAGAGUGCAAGGAGGUUCAACUUUGGUUUGCUUAAACAUGCUCUGAGUGGAAAGGGUACCCCUAAAAGGAAAGGAACAAUUGACUUGUACCUGUUCAGCCUCAUUGAUGAGAACAUUAAAAGUGUUGCUCCUGGGAACUUUGAGAGGCAUUGGGGGGUUUUUGAGUUUGAUGGGAAGCCAAAGUAUGAAUUAGACUUAACAGGUCAGCACAAGGAAAAAGGUCUUAUCCCUGUGGAAGGUAUAAAGUACCUGCAAAAGAGGUGGUGUAUUUUGAAUCCAGAUGUUACUGACUUUGAUGGUUUGGCUGGUAGCAUUGACUAUGCCUGUACCUUUUCUGAUUGUACUUCCCUUGGUUAUGGCUCUUCUUGUAAUUAUCUUAGUCUCCAAGGGAAUGCAUCUUAUGCUUUCAAUAUGUAUUAUCAAGUAAAUAACCAACAGGGUUGGAGCUGUGAUUUCUCUAGUUUGGCUACCAUAACACAGAAGGAUCCAUCACAGAGUGGCUGCCAAUUUCCCGUGAUGAUAGCUAGCAGUUCAUCUUUGCUGCUGCUGCUGCAUGAAGGACUUUUAUGUAUCCUAAAGAAAGCGUUGGAGGUUUAUAUUUUCGUUAUGAUUUUGUUUUAGCAAAAAGAUAACGGAGUAUUUUGAAUUUUCUUCUGAGAUUUGGUUUUUCUGAGUUUUAGGAGUUGAAUGUCAUGUCAAAUUCGUUUUGUAAAUUUGAAGAAUCCUGCUCAGUUUUAGACACUUGCCUUUUGCUUUUAGUUUUAGUAUUUGUUACUUCUAAUCUUUUCUUGAAUUAACCAAGUGAGAUUUUGAGAAACCAAUUGUUUUUUAUCACCUUAAAUAUAAGGUUUAAAGAAGUUUUAUAC